UGACGCCGCGGAGGAAGGGUGUAGUCGGGUGUGUGCUCCUGUCUGCGGGCAGCCACGUCAAUGUUCCUACCCACAUAAAGUGCGCCUCAGUAUCCACUGAUAACAUAACUGUUACCAGAUAAUCUGGAGAGAGCGAGGCUCGAGGAUGUUGUAAAUGAGCCUCCCUCCCAAAAUAACACAAGCCUACAUACUCGUCAUUAUGAGGGCAGGGAGAACGUGUGAUAACCUCUUAACCUUGAGAGGAUGAUAGCCGCUGAAUUUGAGACGAGGAUAUCCAGUUAACCUCGAGAUGAAGUCAUCCCCCACCAGUGUCUUCUGCAGCAUGAUGAUGUCAGUUUGGUGUUCUCAGAGGUGCUGUACUAUGUCGAUAGUUGAUGAAUGCGAUGGAGGGGUCGAAGCUACCUGGAAAUCCUUUAGACUCCUCCAAAGCACCUGAGCCCUGUCCACACCACCUGGAAAAUAUUUACUUGAGGCGUGUCAUUGAAGGAGGAUACACGCCUUGUCCUAGAUACUCACUGGACUCUGUGACAUCCUAUGUUGCAAGUGAUCCAUGCUCUCCUGGAAUUGGUGAAGGAGUGCAUGUCAACACCUCGCUGUUACCUGCUGAUCAGCUCAGUCAGUUUGUUGGUGUACCAUAUUCACACAAUACAUGCCCUCAUCUGGAGGUUAUGACCCAGUACCCGCAGCAGCCUACUAUGUGCCCCUCAGGUUCACCACAGCAGUGGUGCCCCUUUAAUUCACCACAGCAGCCUGUGGGGAACCCCACAAACCCACUCCAACAGCCUUUAGGGAACCUCACAAACCUACGACAGCAGGCUAUGGGGAACCCCAUGAACCUACGAUGGAAGGCUGUGGGUUCCCACAGCCUUCCAUCCCCACAAAACCAUCACCCCACAAAACCAUCACAGCAGCCUAUAAGAAACCCCACAAAUUCACCACAGCAGCCUAUAGGGGACCCCACAAAUUCACCACAGCAGCCUAUAAGGAACCCCACAAAUUCACCACAGCAGCCUGUGAGGUACCCAUACCCCAUAAAUCUAUCACAGCAGCCUAUUGGGUACCUGUACCCUGCAAACCCAUCGCAGCAGCCUAUAAGGUACCCAUACCCCACAAAUCCAUCACAGCAGCCUAUUGGGUACCUGUACCCUGUAAACCCAUCACAGCAGCCCAUGAGGUACCUUACGAACCAACCACAGCAGCCUCGUCUCCAACAACAGCCUUCCGAGGACCAAACUACGUCUAGAAAGAAUCCUAUGUAUCCUGCCUCCUUCCAGCACAAUCAACUGGGACAGCAGCUAACAGUUGCACAAUGCAAAUCUCUCACUCAACAGCCAAUGUUUUACAAUCUGGCAUACCAGCAUCUCCCCAGCUCUUUCCCAAGUCAAUUUCCUGGACAACCUGUUCAGGGUAUUUUUUACCUUCCAAAUUCUAAUCGACAGUCCAUGCAACAAUGUCAGCCUGUGGUUGACAAGCAGCUUUGCCUUUCCAAAGACCAGAAAAGUCCCUUGAAGCAACCUCCAUAUCCUUCUCACAUUCAGGAGAGACUUGUAGCCUACCGUAAGGAGAGCCAGUCUUCACAGCUUCAGAAAAGGCUCCCACAACUCAUUCCGUAUCCCGAGUAUAAGAACAGGCCUUCAGAACAACUACCGUUCCAACAACAGGCCUUGGAAAGACUGUCUCGUGAUCCAUGCACCACAUCUGGAGGGACAACAAUGGACAAAAAUGUAACAGAGAAAGCAAUCCAGUCAAUAAUAAGCUAUCUGAAAGAACCAGUUUCUGUUGAAAAACAGUUGACAGGAGGAAAUAAUGAGACACGUCAGCAGCAACAACAGCCUUCCAGUGAGAUCCUUGUGCCCAUUUCUGAAAGUGUUGUUAUGGGCAACUCAAACCAAGACCGACUUGAACAAUCGAUCUCCAGGGAGAAAUUUGAAAGUUGUAGGCUGUCUUCGGAAAGAAAACAAGGCGCUGCUAGCUUGCCUGAUCUUCGACAAACAGAGCAGAAAUUGGGAGAACCCACCAAGAGUGAGAGACGGGGCCUUAAACAUCCUGGAAAGUUUGCUAGACUAUUGCUGUCGGAUUUCCCUAUUAAAGACAAAGAGACAUCCCUGGCAUCCUCCUGUAUGUACGAGUCUAACAGCAGCAGCUUGCCUACACCUAUACAUAUGAACCUUACAGGGGUUUCUGUUGGGUCCCUGGAUGGUAUUGCUGACAUAGAUUUAACAUUGGCUAAGAACCCAAGAUACAAUCUCAACGAGGGGCAGCACACACUAACCCACACCACAACUUCGUGCUCUGGUAAAGACAUCUCUUCUAAUACAGCAGAUGUCAACUCUAGUGCUGCAGUGAUUUGCUCAGGUAAUCAAAGAACCAGUAGUGUUGACUGCUCUCAGGAAAAUAGUCUUACAAUUACUGAACCUGCAAGCUCUAUUGUGGACCUGCUUUGCACUGUUGACUUGGCAAAAGGAAAAAAUAACCAGAGGACUUGCAGUUCUAAUCCAAAAAUACCACCCAUGUUAGAUCUUACAUCAAAGUCCAAUGUCUUAAACAAAGAUCAGGUAUCUAAUCGAAGGUAUACAUUUGGCGGCAAGGCUCUGUCUUGGAAUAUUAAGGAUAUGAGACCUGUAACCAUGACAAAUUCUUUGACAGAGCCCAUGACUCUCCAUGCAGAUCAUGCCUCUUUGCUGGUAGAACACUUGCCUACCAUGAAUGAAACCGAAUGUUUUAUUGAAGAGAGCACAUCUGCCAUGCAAGAACUUCCAUCUGUUAAGAAAUACACAUCUUCCAUUAUUGAGCACAAAAAUGCCAUUGUAAACUACAAAUCUGUUGUAGUAGAACACAAACCAACUAUUAUGGAAGCUGGACUUGUAGUGGUAGAGCCCACAACUACUCUAGCAGAAAAUGUAACCACUCCUAGCAAUCCUCAAGUAUCAGAUAGUGUUUUGUUACAAGGAGCUCAGUCUUCCUUACAAGUUUCUCAAGGGCUACUAGAGGCUGAAAAAAGAAUACAGGCCAAAGAUUCCAGCACCCAACCAUCGAUGCAGGCCAAAGAUUCCAGCACCCAACCAUCGAUGCAGGCCAAAGAUUCCAGCACCCAACCAUCGAUGCAGGCCAAAGAUUCCAGCACCCAACCAUCGAUGCAGGCCAAAGAUUCCAGCACCCAACCAUCGAUGCAGGCCAAAGAUUCCAGCACCCAACCAUCGAUGCAGGCCAAAGAUUCCAGCACCCAACCAUCGAUGCAGGCCAAAGAUUCCAGCACCCAACCAUCGAUGCAGGCCAAAGAUUCCAGCACCCAACCAUCGAUGCAGGCCAAAGAUUCCAGCACCCAACCAUCGAUGCAGGCCAAAGAUUCCAGCACCCAACAAUCGAUGCAGGCCAAAGAUUCCAGCACCCAACCAUCGAUGCAGGCCAAAGAUUCCAGCACCCAACAAUCGAUGCAGGCCAAAGAUUCCAGCAUCCAACCAACAUUUAUAAGGACCAAUAUCGGGAACAUUGAGUCAACAUUUGCACAAAGAAGUGUGUCCCAGCCAUAUCAUACGAGCUUCAACCCUUCACAAUCAAACCCUGAAUGCACCACCAGCCAUGACAAAGGGGAAGGGCAUGUUAAGCUAAACAAGAAAUUAAAGCAACAUUUCAGCAAGAGAGAGUGCAUUCAGGACAGGUUCUUUCUGUAUGUUCCUCCUAAGCCGAAGUUGCUUUGCUUUCUGUGUGGAAUCACGGUGUCUGGCGAAGAGGCACUUUAUCACCUCUUCUUUGGUCUCAUCAAAUGUGCAGAAUGUAACUGCUCUCUCACAACAUGUGCCGACUUCAGGAAUAUGGAGGUAUUUGAAACACCAUGCAAAGAACAGAAUAAAGACCACAAGAAGCUUGUGUGGUCUUCAGAUCCUAUCGACUUUGUUUCAUACCAUGUAAGGAAAAAUUUGAUGACAGAGAACACUUACGUAGGAAAGGAAAACUCUCCAUCUACCACAGAUAUUGUAGAUGCUAUGGCAGGUUUCCUGGACAACUUUAAAGCACUUCAGACAUAUAGUCCAUGGGCACAGGCACUUUAUAAAUGCUGGAAUUAUGUGCGGAAUAUGCAGGCCACUUCAGACUUGACUCCUCGUGUAAAAACGAAGUCACUGCAGCCCUUUAAUGGUAACUUAAAAAAUACUGAAAAUGUCCAAGCUGUUAACUUGCCUACCAGUGAUCCAACAAUUCUCCGCUCUGACUCUUGCUCUGAGGAACUCGUCGACAGCCGGCAUCUUGAGUUGGAAUCCAAAGACUUUCCCUUAUCCCAGCCAUAUGGUCAAGAAUUGCUAGAGCAGGUCGGUGAUGAGGUCAAUGAAAUGGUGAACAAUAAUUUAACAAAUGACCAUAUUAGCCAGCCCGUGGUCAGCCUGGCGUCUCCAUCGAGUCCCACGACAGCAGGAGACACCAUAAACACCAGAAACUUGUCUUCAACUGAGCAACGCCCUUCAAACAUUAAUAAACCGAUGUUAGACUUGAUGGAAACCAGCAGAGAAAGUCCAGCUAAUACACACCAAACCACAUUAGAAAACUUGCCAAAGACACAAAAUACAUCCUUGUGUCAAAUGUCAAAGAAAAGACUAUUCAGUGCCUUAAACUCUGAUUCUGUGCCAGAGAAGCAAGUGUCAUUUCCAUCCCAUUCAGGACCAGUGGACAGAAAUAACUUUCUUUUAUUUUUGUACCCAAAGGAUGAGUGUCCAAACGAGUGUCCUAUGUGUUAUGCCGCCCUAUGUGCCUCCAGGUGUAAUGUCAACUUGAAAACUUACGUUGUGAGGGUCGACUGUCUUGAUUGUGGCCUUCAAAUUUUUAUUGAUUUGGACCCGUCCAAUGAACCAUGUUCCUUAUCUCCAUGUAACAGACCUUGUCCAAAGAGCAAGAAAAGGAGAACGAAUGUCAUUUAAUAGUUGGUUAGUAAUCGUUUUUAUAAUGUGUUGACUGUGUGUGUUUUAGAUUUGUAAAUACUGUAUAUCAUGCCAAAUUGCGCAAGACUUGGUGGAUCGGUUUUCCUCAUGUGGACAAAGUGCCUGACAUUCCUUUUCACAUCUGAAAAGCCUCUUGCCAAACGUCCAAAGGAUUUUGCCAUAACCUUGGCUGUGAAUUAUAUUGAAUCUAUUUUUAUGCAAUAAUAAACAGUGAUUAUAU